AUGUCCCGCCGCAAGAUCUCGUCGGAGUCCUUCAGCUCGCUGGGCUCGGACUGCCCGGAGACGAGCCCCGAGGAGGAGGGCGAGUGUCCCCUGUCCCGCCUCUGCUGGAACGGCAGCCGCAGCCCCCCCGGCCCCGCCGACACCCCCUUCUCCGCCACCGCCGCGGCCACCGCCGGGGCGCGCCGCGCUCCGCGCCGCCGGCGGGUCAACCUGGACUCUCUGGGCGAGAGCAUCCGCCGCCUGACGGCCCCCGCGCCUCAGACUAUUCGGCAAACUCUUCAAAAGACACUGCAGUAUUUUGAGCAUCAAGUUAUUGGUUACAGGGAUGCAGAGAAGAAUUUUCACAAUAUAUCAAACAGAUGCUCCUAUACAGACUGCUCUGGCAAUGAAGAAACUGAGGAUGUCUCAGGAAUUCUCCAGUGUACAGCUAAUGUACUUGGUCUGAAGUUUGAGGAAAUGCAAGAAAAGUUUGGGGAGGAAUUCUUCAAUAUCUGCUUUGAUGAGAAUGAAAGAGUUCUUCGAGCUGUAGGUGGGACCCUUCAAGACUUCUUCAAUGGCUUUGAUGCUUUGCUGGAGCAUAUUAGAACUUCAUUUGGAAGACAGGCCACCCUGGAAUCCCCUUCUUUCCUAUGCAAAGAACUCCCUGAAGGCAAUCUCAUGCUUCAUUACUUUCACCCACAUCAGAUUGUGGGAUUUGCAAUGACAGGAAUGAUAAAAGCAGCAGCAAAGAAGAUUUACCACUUGGAAGUGGAAGUAGAACAGGUCACAAAUGAUAAGUUGUGUUCAGAGGGGACAAACCCAGGUAACUGCAGUUGUCUGACUUUCCUUAUCAAAGAACAUGAAAAUGCAAAUAUCACAAAAGCACUUCCACCAGGAACUUCCCAGUCCCCCUUAGACCUGAGGAUUAGCAUCAGCACCUUCUGCAGAGCUUUCCCCUUUCACCUGAUGUUUGAUCCAAACAUGCUGGUUCUCCAGCUUGGAGAAGGUCUUAGGAAGCAGCUCAGAUGUGACACUCAUAAAACCCUGAAAUUUCAAGACUGCUUCGACAUAGUUUCUCCUAAAAUCAGUGCCACAUUUGAACGAGUUCUCCUGAGAUUAUCUACUCCCUUUGUCAUUCGGACCAAACUUGAGGAUUCCGACUCUGAAAAUAAAGAUAAGGUGAUGGAAAUUAAAGGACAAAUGAUUCAUGUACCAGAAUCAAAUUCGAUUUUGUUUCUUGGUUCCCCAUGUGUGGAUAAGCUGGAUGAACUGAUGGGCCGAGGCCUCCAUCUUUCAGACAUACCUAUCCAUGAUGCUACUCGUGAUGUCAUAUUGGUUGGGGAACAAGCAAAGGCACAGGAUGGCUUGAAAAAACGAAUGGAUAAGCUGAAGGCAACACUAGAAUGUACACACCAAGCCCUGGAAGAGGAGAAAAAGAAGACAGUAGAUCUCCUUAUUUCUAUUUUCCCUGAAGAAGUGGCUCAGCAAUUGUGGCAGGGGCAGCAGGUUCAGGCCAGGAAGUUUGAUGAUGUCACCAUGCUCUUCUCAGACAUUGUUGGCUUCACUGCCAUCUGUGCUCAGUGCACGCCCAUGCAGGUCAUCAGCAUGCUGAACGAGCUCUACACGCGGUUUGACCAUCAGUGCGGAUUCCUGGACAUCUAUAAGGUGGAAACAAUAGGCGAUGCAUACUGUGUUGCAGCAGGGCUCCAUAAGAAAAGCCUUAGUCAUGCUAAAGCCAUUGCCCUAAUGGCUUUGAAGAUGAUGGAGCUUUCAGAAGAGGUUCUCACUCCCGAUGGAAGCCCUAUUAAGAUGAGGAUAGGCAUUCACUCAGGUUCAGUGCUGGCCGGCGUCGUUGGCGUAAGAAUGCCACGCUAUUGUCUAUUUGGGAACAAUGUCACCCUUGCGAGCAAGUUCGAGUCAGGAAGUCACCCACGCCGCAUCAAUGUCAGUCCCACCACAUACCAGCUUUUGAAAAAGGAAGAAAAUUUUAUUUUUAUCCCUCGUUCCCGUGAAGAGCUUCCAGAAAACUUUCCAAAGGAAAUUCCUGGGAUCUGUUACUUCCUUGAGGUCAGAAGUGGUCAGAAGCCGCCAAAACCCUCCAUCACAUCUGCCAGAGUGAGAAAGGUUUCUUACAACAUUGGCACCAUGUUCCUCCGGGAGACUAGCCUAUGAGACCUGCUGCAGAUCAAAGACUCGUCAAAAAAGCACAAGCCCAGAACUGGGUCAUGACAGGGGAGUUGGAAGUUCUUUGUAUGUCUCUGCUUUGUUCUGAACAGGUGGUAAAAGCUCCAUGAAAUGUCAGGCAAUAAUCAUUUUAAAAGAUGGGUGACUGCUGUCAGUAAACAAAGUGGAGAUAGGAAAAAAAUAUUAAGCAAUUUAUUUCCACUUCCCAGAGGAAUUUCUUUCAUAAACUUCAGUCUGGCCCCUCUAUGGCAAACAAAACGAAACAACACCCCAACUCUCAGAUUAGAGGUUGGUUUUGUUUUGUGCAGAAAUGAUGGUGGUUCUCUGUAGAUUUGCACCAGCUAAGCAGAAUUGAGAGUCAGUUCUGAUUAUGCAUUCCUACAUUUAAUGUGUUCUUCAGUAAGGUAAUGAUGUUUUUUAACUUUACGAACAAGCAUUUCAUACAUGUACUGUAGAGCUGUUGUAACCUUCCUGGCAGGAGGAAUUAUAAUUUAAUACAAAUAUUGUAGGAAUUUUACCUAUUUUUAUACAUAUUUCACUUUCUGGAUAAUUGCAUUCCACAUACUGUAAGCUGAGUGAGCUUAGAUAGCUUUUCAGAAGAAGCUACUGUAUAUUUCAUACAUUUUACCUAUCAAAUGCAUUAUUAUACAAGUAGGGAGAAGGCAUUUCUUGACUUUUUUUGGCAACAAAAAUACCAAUAUUUUACAGGAAAAAGAUCCCACUUUGGUAAAUCUCUUUACCUGAUGUUUAUGCUAAAGCUUUAGAUGAGCAUUGUCUUCUUAUAUAAAAUAAUGUUCAGUAUUUGUCAUACAGUGCUGUAUGUCUAGUCUUUCCAGAACAAUGCAAACAAAGUGCAGAAGAUCAAUGUGUGGACAAACAGAAAAAUUCUCUGCAGUGGGGCUUGUUUGCCCUCUAAAUUAUCAGUCAAAAUGAAUUUUGGUAGAAGCCCUGAACUUUUUUUAAAAAUUUGGUCUUGUGAAAACUUAUUCUGAGGAAUUCCAGCAGACACUGAAAGCUCUCUGGGUAUUAGUUUUCCACAUUUUUUAUUUGGACUUGUGCUUCUAGUCCAGAUUGAUUAUUUCAAAUCCAAUCUGUUAAUAAUGAUUGCUCAUAUGUUAAUUUCCUCUAUUGCUGGAUUGGCUUGAAGGUCUCCUGUUUUAUCUAAUGAAGAUCAAAAAACCACCAAAAAGAGGAAGGCAGUACUUUCCCUGGUUAAUGCAAAUGGCAGUUUAAGAUUUAGAUUAGUCCAGGUCAAUUGAAAAAAAAAAAAA